GAAAAGUUGAGGCGGGGGCGCAUAAAGCUCUGUGAACGAGAACCAGAGCAUAGCUCAGCGGUUUACCGCUGGUUAGAUUCCCGUGUCACAGGAAAGUUUACCACCAGUAUUCACCCGUCAGACUUGAUCACUAUCGGUCGGUUUGUCAGGAGAAGACACACCAUGGUCGCGCAAGUCUCCUAUAACUUAACUUGAAGAAGCCUAACCCCCUUGCUUGACUCAGUUCACACUGCCGACCCAGGCUAGGAAAUCAGGCUCUACGAGCAGCGUUUGACAGUCCCACAAAGAAAAUUCUCUCCCAGACUGGUUGCGGAAAACGUCAGCUUGACAGGGGACAAGUCAUGUGAAAUCUGGCCACGGAUCGUCUCAGAAGGUGAUCACCUCGUUCUACCAAGAUGACGGAUCCGAUGGAGAUGGAACCAUACGACAACGUGACGCUUGAGAUAGACGUGAACUACACUGACAACAGAGACAUCGUGAGUCUCAACAAUGACAAGGCCUUCGUCCUGUUGCCCGUCGUUGUUUACGUCAUAGUCCUCAUGGUCUGCGGCAUUGUAGGAAACAGCUUCGUCUGCUACAUCUACAGAUGCAGGUUCCGGAGAAACACUUCCAAUUUCUUCAUAGUCUUCCUAGCAAUAAUGGACCUCUUCUGCUGCUGUGUUGGGAUGUCCUUCGAACUGUCGGAUCUGAUGCUUCCAUACCUGUUCAAUGCCCCCGCAGCGUGUAAGAUAUUUAGGUUUUUGGAAACGUGGGCUUCGGGGGCGUCGGGGUUGGUGCUAGUGUGCGUGGCUCUGGACAGAUAUUAUAAACUGUGCAAACCAACAGAAAGAUUUUCUCUCAAGCGAGCAAAGAUAUUUUGCUGCGUUGCUAUCUUCCUUGCACUAGUCAUGGCAGUGCCUUCGUUGAUAGUGUUUGGGAAAAGGACAGUUGAAACCGAGGUUCCAGGCAUCAAUGGUACCGAGUGUUCCACGGACGAUGAGAUGCUGGAUAGUCCUCUGAGGAUCGUGUUCUACGUCACAAUGCUAGUGACGUUCCUCGUCAGCCUUAUAUGUCUAAUAACACUUUACAGCUUAAUCGGCUUCAACUUGUGGCAGAGGAAACACAAAAAGAUGGGAGAGAAACUCAAACCAAAGGGAGACUACCCUCGGACUCAUCGAUUUGUGAACAGUGAUAGUUCAUCAUUCUCGAGCCUGUCAGACGAGACCAAAAAGUCUCAGGGCUAUGUACAGAGCCACGUGGGUAUACAGAAGACAGACACUAUGCGACAAGCCAAAGGAUACAAACCUAAUCAGGGUAUGGGACACAUAUCUCUCAAGACGACCCGUCUCACUUGCAUCUUUUUUGUGCUGUCAGUUUCGUUCGUACUGAGUUUUCUCCCUUGGAUUAUAGCGAACGUUCUCAAAGUGACAAAGGCGGCCUUUAACCCCUUUUCUUCUGAUGCAAUGGAGGUGUUGUAUAACUUCCUUGUGAGAUCACACUUUAUCAACAGCUCGGUUAACCCUAUCAUCUAUAGUAUACUUAAUGGUCAGUUCAGGAAAGAAUGUAAGGUAGUGUUUAAACGAAUGUUUAAAACCUGCAAACAGUGAUACAAGCAAUAUCCAAACAGUUCAAAAAGGACCAAUUUGAUUUUGACAUCAUUUUCAUGUGACAUAUUAUCUCAUAUGGCCACACUUCCCUGAAUACCACCUAGUGUGUUGUGGAGAAACCAUUGAUUGACAAGUCACAAGGUCAUAUGAGCAAUGAAGUCAUGCGCCAUUUCACCACUGUGAUAGGGAUAAUUACACAGCCAGCUAUACCUAUAUGGAGACUGUAAAGAAUAACGACAUCUUCUUGAAACGUCUGACUGAAAGCAGUUGUGCAACUGUAUCGCAUUGCCGUCAGACUGGAGGCUUGAGUUGUUACCUCCCUUUUGUCACGAUAUAUAUCAGUCGGAAAACACCGGGUGUUUUCGCCAUCCUUUGUCGCAAACAUAUAUCAGUCGGAAAACAUCGGGUGUUUACCUCACCCGUGUUUUCUUGAUAUCAUUGAUACACGUCGAUAGAGGGGGGUUCUGCCAGAAUCAAAGCAACAGACAAACUUCACAUUGUAAUUCAGCUAACAGUAUCUGUUGAACUUGAACAUGUGUUAUGUUGAGACAUGUUAGCUUUGUACUAAAAGAGAGAAGUGUAAUAUUUUAUCACUGGGGCCAUGGCGUGUGAGCAUGCCGGCAGUGUGCUAGUCUCAGUGAUAUAGCCAAUGGGCAUGUUUUCCCGACAAUAAGUAGAUGCAGGAUAUGUCAGUCGACUGUACGAAUCGAAACACUUAUAUAUCGCAAUAAAUUGAAUCACCUGUUCGUUGGGUACGUUUUACAAAGAGGGCUUGCCAGACGAAUCUUAAUACUGAUGUCCAUAUCUAAAAAUGAUGUGAAAAGUUUUGUAAGUGAAACCUUUGAACCGUCGGGAGAUUUCGUUUUGAUGACUCUGCUAUUGUUUGUCUCCCAUUCAGAACUGACGAUAGUUUUGUUUUUAGUCGUGGGUGGAAAUUCCGACCAUUAAGUAAUUUAUUAGUUUUUGUCUGUCAUGUGAGAGUCUUUAUUUUGAAUGCAUCAAUAGAAAACUCAGAUUGUUUAUCCAACUUUAUCAGAGUCGUUCAUUUAGUCCCUUACUUUUCACGACUACAUGGGUGGGUUGUACCGUUUCUCAUUAACCAUGAAUGUCCACACGACCGUAGCUCACCUGUAGACAAGUGUGAGGGAGAGGGUUGUCUUGGCACGACCUCAAUCGUUGUGUCAUAUUUUGCAAGGGUGCCUCAAAACAUUGUUCAUAUGGCCUCCAUGGCCUCCAUCUUGAAAAUACCAUAUUGGGUUUCGACCGUGACCAGCUACCAAUUACGUGCACUACUUUUGAAGGUGGAUAACCAUCGUCAGUUUCAGCUGAUACUCACAAAUAUCGCCUGUGUCAUCUUAUAUAACAUUAGAACCAUGAAUACUCGUGAACCAUUCAGUCGAACGUCAGUAUUGCAUAUUGCUGAUAUCUCCCGGUCUAAGAUAACCCCCAACAAUUCAGGUGAGCUACAUAUUGCUGAUACAUCCCUGUCUAAGAUAAUCCCCAACAAUUCAGGUGAGCUACAUAUUGCUGAUACAUCCCUGUCUAAGAUAAUCCCCAACAAUUCAGGUGAGCUACAUAUUGCUGAUACAUCCCUGUCUAAGAUAAUCCCCAACAAUUCAGGUGAGCUACAUAUUGCUGAUAUAUCCCAGUCUCCGAUAAUCCCCAACAAUUCAGGUGAGCUACAUAUUGCUGAUAUCUCCCAGUCUCAGAUAACCCCCAACAAUCCAGGUGAGCUACAUAAACUUUUAGUCAGUGUCACAUUUCCACCAGAACAAAUGAGAUCGAUCUGUCAUGGUAGGGUACGUUACUUAUACUGAUAUCGAGUACAACAAUUCAUUUGUAUUCAAACCAUGCAUUAGUAAUGUUUCAUAUGGAAACAUUCCAGGGAGUUUCGAACGACAUAUUACGUAAGGCGAACGCAGUCUACUCACUUAUUCCAACUGAAUAACUCAAGGUGAUAUCUAGAGACGACUAGAACCACUUGGGGCUUAUAGAAGGAGGUGGGCAGGAAUCUCGUGAUGAGUUGAGCCGUAUGUUCAGUGUAGGUAGCGACGAAUUGUUUCUAAAUAAACGUAUGGAGAAUGAAUGUAGUUAAUCUUUAACCUUCGCGUCAAACUGGUCGUUUCUUGGAUUGGUACGAUGUGUAGAAGCAUCAAGACAAAGGAAGCUGUUUUUUCAUUGGGUGCUGACUAGUCGCAACCUACCUUUAAGUUUCUAAGGGCGACUAUGCAUAUUUUCUCGACGUUUGCAAGGUUGAAAUAGAACAGAGGACGACCUACUUACACAUAUAUGUCUACAACCCACUGUAAGGGACCAGACUUUCAUUAUAGGUCAGGGUGUUCAUCCAUGUGUGCACAAUAAAGAUGACAAUGCUGUUUGUAUCGAGCCUCUAUCGACCCGACUUGCUAAUCGAGCAUGUUCGCAGGAAAAUUUCAUUAUUAUGAUACGUACUGUAAACGUACUUUCCUGUUUCUUGAUUUUGCGCAACAUUGCGCAACAUUGCGCUGGAGUUUUCGUGGGCUCAUUGUUUACCCCAGCACCUGAUAUAAAUGACCGUCCCUAAACGCGUCUGAAACAAGGGAGAUAACUGUAGCACCCGAUACUGUACGAUAACCUCUGUGAUAAGUCUGAAGAAAUUUUCAUCGCAAUAUCGGAUGAGAAUUUGUAUUUUUUAUCGGUUUAUUGUCGUGGUUUUUAACGACUGAAAUAAAGUGUUCAAAGAGAA